GAGAGACAGAGCGGAAUGUAUCAGUGUGAAGCUGUAAAAGGAAAUGAGCGAGCUUUCAGUAACAUCCAUACCAUAACAGUCUCUGCUGAUCGUCCUCAGGCUGUCAUAGUCACAGAUCCCCCAGCCUCAGUGAUGUUCACAGGAGAAACUGUUAGCUUAGCUUGUGACAUCAGGAAAGGGUCUGGCUGGAGAUAUUUUUGGAGCAGAAACACCCAGGGAAGAUUAGAGAGCCUCUAUGCCCACAGUACUGAAAGCCAACAAAAGCACAUCCUGCACUCUGUAAGGGAGUCAGACAGUGGAAGGUACCUGUGUCAGGGUGAACGAGGACAAAACCCUGUGAUCCAGUCGUUCCGUGGAUCACUUGUGUUAAAUGUGUUUGGGGAAAAGCCAAGGCCUGUUAUUACACAGAAUGCCCCCAGUGGAGAAAUUUACACAGGAGAGAGAGUCACCCUGAGUUGUGGGUUUGGGGGAGAUCCUGCUGGCUGGGAGUAUCUCUGGUACAAAGACCCACUGAGACACACUGUGCCCAACACUGGCAACAGCCGGACUGAUGGGUCCAGUUUCACCAUCAGCUCUGCUGCUCUGGCCCACAGUGGAGAGUACCGCUGUAGAGCUGCAAGAGGAACAAAACCUUUUUACUCAGACUACAGUGAUCCUCUGACUAUAGAAAUAUCUGUAUUACCUCAAACACAUCUGACCGUGCAGUCUGGAUGGACAGAGGUCUUCCUCACUGAAACAGUGACUCUGAGAUGUGUAAUUCAGGGAAGCUCUACAGAGUGGAAGUAUAAAUGGUACAGAGAUGGACGGGAGCUUCCUGUAGACAAGGCUAACUCGAACAGUGUUAAUGGAGACACAUACACAAUCCUCUCUGCUGAUCAGUCACAUGCUGGACUGUACACCUGCAGAGGAGAACUUACAAGGAGAGCAUCUGUACACUCUCUGAUUGGCAGCUCUGCUACAUUGACUGUACGAGGUGAAAAGCCAAGGCCUGUUAUUACCCAGAAUCCCCCCAGUAGAGAGAUGUACAUAGGAGAGAGAGUCACCCUGAGCUGUGGGAUUGGGGGAGAUACUGCUGGCUGGGAGUAUCUCUGGUACAAAGACCCACUGAGACACACUGUGCCCAACACUGACAACAGCCGGACUGAUGGGUCCAGUUUCACCAUCAGCUCUGCUGCUCUGGCCCACAGUGGAGAGUACCGCUGUAGAGCUGCAAGAGGAACAAAACCUUUUUACUCAGACUACAGUGAUCCUCUGACUUUAGAAAUAUCUGAAUUACCUCAAACACAUCUGAUCGUGCAGUCUGGAUGGAAAACGUUCUUCCCCAGUGAAACAGUGACUCUGAGGUGUGUAAUUCAGAGCAACUCUACAGAGUGGGUGUAUAAAUGGUACAGAGAUGGACAGCAGCUUCCUGUAGACAAGGCUAACUCCAGCAGUGUAAAUGGAGACACAUACACAAUCCUCUCUGCUGAUCAGUCACAUGCUGGACUGUACACCUGCAGAGGAGAACUUACAAGGAAAGCAUCUGUACACUCUCUGAUUGACAGAUCUGUUACAUUGACUGUACGAGCUCUGCCUCAGGCGGUAGUGACCUUGGAUGAAGGAUGGAUGGGGGUCUUCAUCACUAAAGGCACUCUAGCAAUGAGGUGUGAGCUUCAGGGCUUUACUUCUGCUGACUGGAACUACACGUGGUACAGAGACGGAACGCAGAUCUCACUAAACCACACUGUAGAGAGGCACACAGUGGGAUUCUGGGAUAGCUCCUCUGAUGGUGAAUAUAGAUGUAGUGGGAACAGGACAGACAGACCGUACUACUCCCUCAUCAGUGAAGGCUUCAUGACAAGCCAUAUCAGGCUGUACUUUAUUGUGGCUCUUACAGGUUCUGUCAUCAUUUUCAUAACCCUGGUGGUGCUGGCAGUCCAAUGCUCUAAGAAAUGCAGGACAUCAGGCCGAAUUAAAAAUCAGCCGGAUGGGGGCGAGUUUUACUCCAGGGUAAAUGCAGACUACAACAGCACAGAUCAUGGAUUACCAGCCAAUGCUGUGUAUGAGGAAAUAGACCCUGCCACAGAAACAGAAGGUUCUGAAGUAGUUGGGCAGCACAGUUUCUAUUCAGCCGUUCAGUUAAAACCAUUAAACCAAGGUCCUACUGCAUAAUUGGACACAGGGAUCCACAUUCACUCAGUCUUACCU